UCUCGUAAAGAUCUGAUAGUUCAUGCGAGUACCGGAGAGGUGGGUAUCGUGAGACCACCGAGUAACGUUUAUGCUGAAUAUGAUAUGUUACUGAAAUAACGCUGAGUUGAAAUAUUCGGGACACAUAUUGCUUGUGCCUGGAUGGAUAUUAGUAACAUGAACAUUAAUGGUGUUACAAGUAUUUUCUCUUAUUAUUGGAAAUUAGACCCAUCUUAGUUAAAGAACAUUAAAUUAUGUGAUUGUGUUUUAUUAGUCAAACAUAAAGUACUUGACAGUGAUAUUAUGAAUUGUGCAUAUUAUAAAAAUAAUAUGAUGACGAGACAGUGACCUCUGAACUUCCUAUACGAGAAAAGGACUUGGAAAAAGUCAGCGUAAAGCUGUAUCAAAGCCAAGACUUAAAGGAAUGAUAGCCUGCCCAGAUGUCUGCUGUUGCAUUGGACUGGCAGCAUCGAUGGAGGCCUAAGCUGCAAGACCUCUGUCCUCGCCUACAUAGCCCUCCCCAGCUACCUUCCGCUUAUGUGCUGGACUCCUUGAGACACUCAGUCGAACUGAUUCCAGCUGGCAUUCAGAGUUCAUAUCAUUCGACGCCACUCCUGUCCUCAUUCCCUCUCCCAUCUCAUAAGGCAGCUACUACUAACAGCGCUUACUUGACUCCAACGUCGCUCAUUCCGCCUCGCGCGUUUGUGUCGCCGCUUCGUGUCCAUAACUCUUUAGUGGUCAAAGAGAGGGACAUCCUUCCGUGCAAGGCCCCCUCCCCCCGCCUAGCCUUAGUUCCGAGAAUGCAUGCCCAGACUACUUCCGGCAACCUCGCCGUCAGUACCAUUGAGGACAUCGUUCAGCCACGGAAACUUUCGUUCCUUCCCCCUGAACCCGCCACUACCCUCAGCCGGAGUGAAAUAUCAGCUUCUUUCCAUACCCCCAACACCACCACAAUUACCACCACCGUUUCGUCUCAGACAGGAGAACUAACCAAGCUGUGCAGCAAAAGUGCGACUGCCACACCGAUGGCAAACCCUUGUGUCAGCUCUGUCACGAACGGAAAUUCAACCCUUCAGGACGACAACACCAGGAACAGCAAACACUUUGCCAAGACCGGAGGACCCCGGGGAUGCGCGGGGGCGAAAAACAAAAUUGGAGGGUCUGUGUGUUGCCCUAGACGGCGUCUCACCGAUGAUGAAGGUUAUAUCCGGAGAGCAGCGUGCAUUUGUGUCAACAAGGAGGAGACAAAGGUUUUGCUGGUGUCGAGCAAGAAGGACCCGUGUGUGUGGCUGGUGCCAGGCGGCGGGCUGGAAGCAGGAGAGGAGCCGACCACAGCGGCCAAGAGGGAAGCUUGGGAAGAGGCGGGUAUCCAGGGACACAUUGCGCGGUACUUAGGCCUAUUUGAGUCCUACCACCACACAGGUGCAAAGAAGCACAGGACGGCAGUCUACAUAUUCGUCGUGACUGAGGAACAUGCAGACUUCCCCGAGGCCAGGCUAGGUCGUCGUAGACAGUGGUUCAGCAUGGAGGACGCAUUGCUGCACCUCUCUCAUCACCGUCCCUUACAAAGUGCUUACCUGCAACUCAUGAUGAUGUCAAGGCUCAAAGUUGCAGCAGCCUCCUAGUAGCAGCUUGGAUGGAGUUGAAAAGCUGAGCGCAUGAGGGCUGACUCCUAAUUUAUAGUUAGUGGAUGAAUGAUGGUGAUAAGGUUCAGGCAAAACAAAACAAAAAAUAAACUAGGCACUAAUGAUGGGAUUGUGAAAAUUCCAUGGAAGAUGAUAUUCCUCUUGUUAUAGGAAGUAGAAAUUGAGGCAGUUCAAUUAACAGAGUUGUAACUUCAGGUAUGUUUCACUCUGAAUAACAGUACAGACCAGUAUUAAAGCUCCAGACAUCUUUCUGUGAAAUGAAAGAUGACAUGAUUUACAUAUACAAAUAUAGAUACCUAGCUACACAUACAAGAAAAUUAUAUUUUGCUUAUUUUGAAAGCCUGUUUGAUAAAGACUGAUAACAGAUAUCCUGGAUGUAGAUUAUUCUCUUAUAGUAAGACCUUGGGAUUUAAUUUACAAAACAUUUCUAUUGGAAGGCAUAUCUCAGCAUUGUCCAGUUACAGUGAUUAUUUUAGUCUAAAAGAAUUUGUUUAAAAUACUAGUGUGUGUCAAGCCAUUCUUAUAAUCUGGAACAUGCACAACAGUUUGACUGGCUGGUAUUUUUUAUUAAUUAAUUUUAGUUUUGACUUUUCAUUGUGGAUUACUGUUAUUAAUUCUCUGUUAUAUAAAUCAUGUGUCUAUUUUGUAAAGUAUUUGCGAAGUAUGUUUUCUCAAGACAUAUAAUAAAUACUUUUAUAUAUUUCGUAUCUCCUUAUUUUUGUUUGAUUAUACAUAAAUGGAAUCAAAACAAAUAAAGAUCCUCCUUAUUUUAUUCCAGAUAUAUGGUCUGAAACAUGUCUUGCCAGGUAUUUGUAAUCAUGUUUAGGAAUACUUUAAAAGAUAAUGUCAGUUUACAGAGUGCCACAAACACUUGGUAAACAUUCUGGUCAGUGUUUCAGAAUUAAAGUAUAAACUAUCUUGUACAUGAAGUGCUUAUGCAUUACCUGAGGUCUGUCUAUGAAUUAUAAUGAGACCUGCAGUGCAGUGUCCUCUCUUAGCUGUGCCUUGUUCCUUGGGGCUGAUAGUGACCCAGUGAACACCUUCAUGAUGUAUAUAACAUAUUCAUAUUUUUAUAUAUUUUAGAUCACAUCUGGUGCUUUUGAGGUAAAGAAACUUUUUUUCACUAACAGUUUUGGUGAUUGAUAUUUUGUGAAUUAUACAAUAGACCUCAUGUAUUAUCAGGAGGCUAAAUUCAUGAUGUAUGUAAGUCUACAAGCAGAAUUAGAAUUAAGUCAAAGUGGAUUUUUAAGUUCACACUAACACAUACAUUCUGGUAUGACAUUCACAGUCUUCUUUACAUCUACACACUUUCACAUACACAUUUAGAGUCAUAACCACUCUCCCACAAAUUUCAUAUUUAAAUUUGUUACUUUGCAACACAGUCAGUGCUUUAAGUCCAAGUUCAUAUCUCUAUAUGACUGACUGAUAUACAGAAUCAUGAUAUAAAUCAUAUAGAUUCAUGAUAUCCAGUAAAACUUCAGUUCACUUUCAAAAUCAUCUGCAUAUGCACACAAUGUUGCACAUCCAUAUAUGCUAAUCUACAUCCUUAUACACAAAAGAAGGCAUGUAAUAACAUUUGUCACCAAUUUUACUGAAUCUGGGAAGUUACAGUAGGGUAUCAAAUCAUGUUAACAAAAUUACACUUGGCAGGUGAUUUUUUUUAUGAUUCAGGUUUGAAAUUCUUAUUAUCAUGUAAUAAGAGAAUACAGUAUUAUGGCUCAUGGUUAAGGGAUUUGAAAUUUGAUAUAUACAUUAUGUAUUUAAAUCGAAAUGGUCAAGAAAGCUAACAUUCCUAACAUGCCCAUGCACACUUGAAAAUUUUGCUUUGCUAAGGAUCUUUAUGAUAUUUACAUUUCUAAUAAUGAGAUAUAGAUAAUUUAAUUUGAGAAUAAUAUAAAACAUCAGUGAAAUUUUGUAUAUUUUUCAUUUUAUAUGAAAUACUAUUAUUAGCAUAUUAUGAUACUGUUUAUUAUUAAGCAUACUUGAUUCAUUAUGAAAUAACAAAGGCCAAUUUAUUAUUUUCUCCUUAGAUUAAAAAUAAAAUUAUCAUAAAAUGCAAUACUGUGCCAGUUACACCUGAUUAACACCUCUGAUUGUAUUUCUGUCACCAGCAUAAAUGCAAUUAAUGACUAUAUUAACAAUAGUCAGCACAGCAGAUAGUCAAUACUUUUGAUAUAUCAUGGGAAAAUGGGAAAAAAUUAUAUGACAUUUGUGGUAUAAAUCUAGUAUGAGGGAGGGAGACUAUCAGCCAUAUUAUUAAAACAAGAGUAGGGCCUGCUUUGACAUCUCCCCUUUGGACCUUAUUAAGGAUUUUGGAAACUGCAUGGGGUCUGGGAUUCUUGCAUAAGGCUGGAAUUUCCUUGACAAUACUAAUGACUUUUUUUUUUUUUUUUUUUUUUUUUUAUAAAUUAAUUGAUGACUCAUACCUUGUUUCAAAUCUUCAUUUUCUAUAAACUGACUGAAAAUCAAUAAGUAAAUAAGUUAAGAUAAUUAGUGUAUAGUUUCUUUGGUAGAUUUGCAAUAUAUUAUGAAAUGGUCCUAAUUUUGGGAAAGAAAAGCAUGCAUUUAUUGUACACUUAUCUGACUGACAACAAAAUAAAAUAGGAACUCUUGAAAUUACAUAUGAACCUUUCAUAAAAUAGGCUUACAUUACAAGCAAAGGGAGUUCACUAAAUUGUAUAAACAUACACACACACACACAGACACACACACAUAAACACACACACACAGACACACACCCACGCACACACACACACACACACACACACACACACACACACACACACACACACACACACACACACACACACACACACACACACACACACACACACACACACACACACACACACACACACACACACACAGAUAUAUAUAAAGACCAACUUACUUCCAAGAUCACAACUCACACAGGCACUCCCCUGUGUAUGGACAGGGCUGAAGUGGGCUCCACUUUAGUUUUUGAUAAUAAGUUUGUAAGAUGGUCUUUCUCCUACUGACUAAGAACAAAGUGCAAAGUUUAUUGAGAAUCAUUAAGAGAUUGUUUUUAGUUAGCUGAGAAGUAAAUGCCAAAUUGGAUUUGUUGCUGAGCAAGGUCAGCACUCACACCAUACAUUAUUAGAUUAUUUGUUGUAAUGGCAUGUCAGUAUAGGAAUUGUUUUUUUUUAUUCAUAUGUCGUAUAUUUUACUAAAGAUGAAGUGGCUUAGUUGUCAAGUGUUUAGAAAAGGUAAAGCAUAUAAAACUUAGGAAUGAUAAUAUAUGCAUAGUCACACAUUUGAAUAACAAAUUUGAUAAUAAUGACUUUGGCAAAUGCUUUCUUAUUUUACAUUUAUAGUGAUGUCUGAAAUUCCAGUCUUUUUCUUUCAUGUCAUUAUGGCAUAACUCUAAUAAUAAAAAGAAUAUUGUGUAUGAUGGAUUCCUUGUAAUGGCUUUUGUAUUUUAUUUAUAUUAUUAAUUGGAAAAUUAUAAAGGUUAUUUCCACAAGGGUUAUGUUUCUUAUAUGUAUUUAUUUUGUAUUUAAAUGCUGCAUAGCAUUGAAAAAAAUUAACUUUGAUAUGUUUAUUUGCUGUUAUUUUCUCAAAUCAAAGAAAAAAAUAUAAAAGUGUGUUGUUCAUAUUUGAGAGUAUUAUGUAAAUUUACAUGAAAUGCAUCCAUUAUAUCUUCACUGUUGCAAGUCUCUGAACAAAAAUAAUUGGGCUUCCAAGUAAUAAUCCAAAUGAAUGAUUAUAUUGAGAAUCCAGAUGUUGCUUAAGUUAUGAUUUUUUAAAAUCUAUUUGAAUGACAUAUAUACCAUCUGUAACAUAUCAAAAACAUGUGUAAUAUCUCUAGAAAUAAAACUACUUUUGUAA